AGCCCCCCCCCUCGCUCGAGGGCCAACACCACUGCCCGCGCGCUCCUCUCCCGCGCGCCGCCCCGCCCACGGAGCCCAGGGGGAAGCCCCCUCGCGCCGCCUGCCUCCAUGGCCGAGGAGGAGGAGGACCAGGCGCCCGAGGCCGGGAGCUCCAGCGGCUGGUCGGCGGGCGCGGGCGAGGCUCCCGCGGGCGGCCGACGCGUCCGCAGCCGUGCCCCUCGCGGUCCGGGCACCGAGGCGGGGUCCCAUGGGCACGCUCCGCGCGGGCGGUUCUCUGCGCGGGCCCCGCCCCGUGUCAGAGAAGUCCAGGCUCGUAAGCUGGGCAUGCCUUUUUCUCCAGGAGGCACAUGCAAGACCGGUUGAUACAGAAACAGUGUGGUGGCGACGUGCCGUGCUCGUUCGAGGAUUCUUGAUCUUACCGGCUGGCCAGUUUUUUACUUUUCCUCCAAGGCCCGCCUGUAGGAUGACCUGCCCGACCUAAGUCCAGACCGCGAGGCCGUGGGCAUGAUGUCUCUGCCGCCCACGCGAGGUCUCCACGUUGGAUCAGCUCGUGGACUCUCUGGCCCGCCGCGCCGCCGCCGUGGUCGAGGAGGGCGGCGCGGCGCCCGAGGGCCGGAGCUCCCGCCUCCUCGUCCUCGUCCUCGUACUCGUACUCCCCUCCUCCUCCUCCUCCUCUCCUCCCUCCUCCUCGUCGUCAUCCUCCUCCUCCUCCUCCUCCUCCUCCCUCCUCCUCCCUCCUCCUCCUUCUCCUCCUCCCUCCUCCUCCUCCCUCCUCCUCCUCCUCCUCCCCCUCCUCCUCCUCCCCCUCCUCCUCCUUUUCCUCCUUCUCCUCCUCACCCUCCUCUCCCCCUCCUCCUCCUCUUCCUCUUCCUCCUCAGCUCGGGCGGGGCCCUUGGCAGCGAAGCGGGCGGGGGAUCGGAGGGCGGAGCCGCAGGCAGCCCGGGCGAGGCUGCGCAGGGCGAGGGCCAGGGCGAGGGCGCCGCAGGGGUGCGCGGCAGCGCCGCGGGCAGCUGCAGCGGCGAGGAGGUCCUCGGCGAGGUCUUCGAGGAGCUGCACCUGGCGGGGCCGGUGGCGGAGGAGGUGCAGGACACGUGGGGCGCCUUCCUGCGCUCCGCGGAGUCGCGCGAGGCCGCCGGCGAGGCCAUCUACGCCGCCAUCUUCGAUUCCGCCCCCGGCCUGCAGGGCCUGUUCAAGACGCCGCGCGCCGUGAUGUCCAUGAGGUUCAUGGGCGGUCUUAGCCAGAUCAUCAGCCAGCUGCACAGUCCCCAGGCGCUCAAGGUGGUCGUCGAGACGCUCGGUUUCCAGCAUCUCGACCUCGAGGUGACCGCACCGCGCGUCGCUAUGUUUCGGGAUGCGAUCAGGGACCUGUUGCAGGUGGAAUUGGGCGAGCAGCUCACUCGCAUCGCUCACGAGGGCUGGGACACAAUGCUCAACUACGUGGGCGGUGCUUACAUCUACGUCCGCAUGAAGUACACCGACCGUAUCAAGAUCCUGGCGUCAAGCUGGGCCACUGCCAACAACAAGAUGCAAGAACUCGCGGGGGCGGCGGAGGGCGCCGAGGGCGCCAACGUCGAGGCUGAGCAGGGCGGGGAGGCAGGAAGCGGUGCUUCCGAGGUCGCCCACUCCACCACGGAGGGAAAGGGGAAACACGCGAAGAGGAAGAGGAAGAUAGCGAGUUGGUUCUCUGGCGCUAAAGCCGAGGCGGGCUUGGAGGCGUUGGAACACGGGAUGGAGAAGGGGUCGGCCAAUUCAGACGGCGGCAGCUUCAAAAAUACGUCAGUGCCGACUACCUACAACGAGAUGUUCAUGUUCAACGCGGCCGUCAUGGGUUUCGGCCAGAACCUCUGGAUGAAGGAGAUCCUCGCAUCCUUCGACACCGUCGUUACGAACGUCUCCAACUCGUACCGACUGCAGGAGGAGUGCGACGUCCUGUCGUUGCGCAUCGCGAAGUACAGGGGCGCCGUGAACCUCUCAGAGUACAAGGCGGUCAUGCUAGCCUCACUGCGAUCCCUGGUGCCGAGGGAUUGGGACUCGAACCACGAGGUCGCCUGGUCUUGGCUCUGGGAGAACGUGGAACGCAUGCUGCAGGCGUUGACGGGCAGACCGGCGCGAAUGGAGGCCUGCCUCGAGCGGCUCUGGAGCGGCCUCGACGAGAACGCCCAGGCUUUGGUGCGACGAGAGGUGUACACCAAGUUCUUUGCGCUCGCCCCGGCUGGCCAAGACUUCUUCAAGCAAUCCACCACGCGGCUGCACUUCAUCGCGGACCGCAUCGUCUCCAUGACCCUGGAGAUUUAUAAAGACCCCAGUAAGAUGGUCGAGGAUAUAUCGGCUCUCGGGCUGCGGCACGUUGGCUACGGGAUCCCGACGGAGCUGUUUGGACCGUUCGUGACCGCCUGCGUGCAGGUCGUGCGCGGCCUGACGGACGACGACGGCGCCGAGGAGGCCUUCCGAUGGUCCCUCAGCCUCAUCUCGCGAAUCCUCACGCGGGUGAUCACGGAGGGCUCCACCAUUGUCAUGAAGGCCAUCAACCUGAACAGCGGCCCGCAGAUCCGCAAGGAUUGCCGUGGGCUGCGCGGCCCGUGGCCAGCGCGCCGCAUGGAUGCUCAGGGUUCAGGUCGGCACCCAGGCGAUCUCGCCGCUCCUCUGGGCGAUCGAGCGGGGCAGCCUCGAGGCCGCCCGGGCCAUCCUCCGCGACCUCCUCACGAUCCGGGCGGACCGGGACCGCUACUACUACGGCAUGGACGCCCUGUUCGAGCGCCACGAGGAUCGGGGGACAUCGUGAGGCGCCUCUGCGUCGACGCCCCGGCCCUGCUGCCCUGCCUCCUGGACGGCCUGGUGUGGCGCUCGCGCACCACCGAGGACGGCACCAGGCGCGUCAUCUACUACGUCAGGCAUCUCCUGGUAAACAGCAGCGGGCAGUUCGCGCAGGCGCUGGAGUGGAUUACCGACAACGGCGAUCCCAAACUUAUCACGCACCCAAUCUUGACGAUGGUGACUGACAUCGUUUGGUUCCGCGUCGCACGAAGGACGUUCUUGAUGAACAAAGUGCUUGUGCUUCUCACCGCAUGUGUGUUCAUCGCUGGUACUGGCCGGCUCACGCAUGGCGGUAUGGUUGCCAAUAAUGAGGCAGAGCGCAUCUUCGUGGGCUCGUGCCGUUGUGUCAUCUACCUGGUGAAUUUAGGAUAUUGGUUGUAUUACCAUGUAAGGCGAAUGUGUCGCGAUGUGCGGGGAGGAAAGUUCAUCAGCAUAGGCGGCGUGCCAGUUCCAGAAUACCUUGACAACUAUGAAGAAUGGGCCAGCCUCUUCCUGACAGUUCUUCUCCUGGCGAUGCUCGCGUUCGAGCCCAUAUUGUACUGCUUCCCACACAAGGACGGAGAUUUCGACGGCGCGGGCUUAUUCACCGAAGAGUGCCCCCAAGGGGGCACCCACCGCAGCGUUCAUGCAAAGCUCAGUGCUGCCGCUACUAUUACGUACUUCAGCCUCAUUGUCGACAUCUCAGCGCUCUCUACCCGGGUUUCUUCAUUUGUGUUGGUGUGCUACCAAGUGUCGUCAGACGUGUUUCUGUCGUUGUUUGGGUUGUCUUUCGUUGUCUUGGCCUGGAGUUGUGCAGCCAAUGCGCUGGAGCAGGACGGCGGAGAUUUUUCUGGCAUCCCAACCGCCGCACGGACAUUCAUUAAGAUCGCCCUCGGCAUGUACGAAGGAGGGGCGUUCCGUAGUCUUCGCGAGGAACCUCUUCUUAUGGCGACGGUGGUUGCCUACAUGGUCGUGAGCGCGGUGUUAUUGCUCAACUUGCUCACCGCGCAGCUCAAUUGCUCUUACCAAGCAAAGUACAGAGACAUGAUAGGUUAUGCCCGCCUGAACCGUGGCAAGAUCGUCGUCGAGGCCAUGCAGGUGAUCACAGAGGCACGCUGGAGAGCUUUCGUCGAUUCGCUGCGCCUGGACGAGCCUUGCGAGUUCGGCCAAGGCGACAUUGGCUUAGCUGGCGGCAUACAGGUGCGCGAGCCAGCAAACGCCAACAUCACCACCGUUGAUAUUAUCCGCCGCUUCGGCGGCUCCACAUCGGUGCUGGCGCAGUGGCCAGAGGACGAGCUUCAAGCGAACGCCGACGAGGACCGGUUCGAGCGGAUAGAAAAAAUGAUCGCGAAGAACCUGAAGCGCGCGGGCUCGAGAGGCGACGUUAAGAAGGUGAAGGUUCUCCACAGUUCUGGUGGUGGUUCUGGGACUGUCAGUUCUGGGGCUGGCAGCAGCGGCGCUGGAGCUGACCAGGCCAGCUUGGCUGGCGGGCCCAGCGUGCACGGCGCGCACCUCUCGGAGGGCAGGUCUGGCAGCGAACUCGUCGAGAAGCCUCUGCUGGGAGGGUCUGGCUAG